AUGUCAUUAACUAUUCGUCCUGCUCCUUGUGAAGAAAAUCCAUAUGCUUGGGAUAUCAGUUCUGAUAACGCUACGGUAUUUGUCGAGCCAUACGAUGAACUUGGCAACUUGUCUAAAAUUCUGCUACUAAAUUACACUGUGACAUCGCUCGGCGGAGGCAUUUUAUCUUUUUUGAUGCUAUAUUUGGUCCUGUUUAAGACCUCUGGAGCUCUGAAAAAUUACCAAAAUAUGCUCCUGAUUUGCUGUUCCACCGAUCUGAUCUACUGGGCGGUCGAUAAUUUCAUGUGGAUGGUAUGGUCACCUUUGGUCGUAUAAAACGUCAUCUAAUUUAAUUGCAGAAGUUCAAAGAGACAGAUGGAGUAUUUAUGAUAAAAAUGGAAGGUCUUGCGGGGCAUCUGGGCAGGCCGUAUCGAGUAUUCACGAUGGCGUUUUACGUAUGGAUAAUCAGCUUCUUGAACAUAAUGUUGCCAGUGCAAUUCUACUAUAGAUAUCACUCGUUGACGAGGUACGCUUAUUUUUUUUUUAUUUUACUUCUGAAAUCGACCUUCUUUUGAUGAUUGAAAAAGCUAUCAAACGCAUUUUUACCUCUUUGAUCAAAGUUCCAUACCAGAAAGCUUGCAGCGCUAAAAUUUCAGGAAUGGCUUCCUCUCAGCUUCACAAACACUUGCACUUUCUUUCUUUUCUCUGAUAUUAACGCUUCCAAACUUCUUCUUAUCGUACGCUAGCUACAAUUCAUCGCCGGAGGAACGGCCUGGAUUCAAUUACGGAACUCUUUGGUACCAAGAGUACCCAAUGCCCAAUAUAUUGUUUGGAGAUGUGGUAGGUUAUUGUUUCAUUGCUUUGUAUAAUAAAAUCCCCGCCCAAUGAGAAGCUGCGGUAAGACCUCCGUCCUAUGGAAAAGGCCUGUGAGAUACAAUCAACACUUUGGGUCUGUCGAAUUACCUUAUCUUACUAGUCACCCGCACAAAACCGAGAUCGACUCUAGAAUGCACAGCAUUCCGAACUUUUUUCGUCGCCGAUCGGUGUCCAAAAAAAUGAAAAAUUAAAAAGUGCACAUUACAUUUUCAUGUGUGUAAGGGUAGCCAGAAGAGAUACCGGCAAAAACAAAAACUCUUUAUGUAGAGUAAUCAAUUUCCUUUCAUUUUUUCACUCUAACUUGACUCAAACCCCCACAAAAAUCUUGAAAGUUUAAUAUGUUGUAGCCCUUGAAAUUCUCUUUACGAUAGACUCCAACAUCUUUUUUGGUGGCCCAAAGAAAGUACAUUUUUUUGGCAUUCAAAAUCGAAAUUUCCAUUUUUUUAGUGACGAUUUUCUCAAAGGUAGCGGACAACCUGAAGACAAAACUUACAUACUCUGAAAGGAAAUUGAUUACUCUACAUAAAGAGUUUUUGUUUUUGCCGGUAUCUCUUCUGGCUACCCUUACACACAUGAAAAUGUAAUGUGCACUUUUUAAUUUUUCAUUUUUUUGGACACCGAUCGGCGACGAAAAAAGUUCGGAAUGCUGUGGAAUGGUUUAUUCAUCAAAAACCCACUCCUUUUGUAUUAUAGGAGCGGGACGCAAAGGAAAAGGGUCAAUUUACAUAAAUAAUAGAUAAGAUCAUCGCGAUGAUGUUGGGGAUGGGGAUUGGUUGUUCGCUCUUCCUUGGAUAGAGUCUCAAAGCCCGUCCCAGAAAAAAAGUGGAAGGAUCCGCCAAAGGAUCCCUUGACACAUAAUAAAUCGUGGAGUCGAAGAAUCAAGGAUUCUUAUCCAGACCGUUCUCGCAUCACUUUCUGUCUCUUGGGCUCCUAGGAGUCAAAAAAACAGCUUACUGUCAGCUUACACUUCCUAAAUUUCCGCACUUUCAGCGCUCUGUCUAUCAAAAAGCCUAUUUCUUUUAUGGCGGAGCGAUAAUUUCCGUUUCAUUUAUCAUCGCACUGGUGAUUGGGUAUCGAACAUUGCAGCGGAUAAAGCAAAUGAGAGACUCGUAUUCCGACAAAACAAAACGACUUCAGAAGCAGCUCAGUGACUUUAUGAUCGUACAGGUGCGUAAAGUCGCCACUAGAGUUAGAAUGUUAUUGACGGCCUUAAAUUUCAGGCAAUGAUUCCAGUUUGUGUUUGUGUCAUACCCGUGAUGUCGUUUGUGAUUCCGGCUUUUUUCUACCUAGAUACUGGGAUGAUGUGCGUUUACUCUGCAAUUGCAGUCAGCUGGAUCCCUGUCCUCAAUCCUAUCAUCACUAUUAUGGUGAUAAUUCCGUUCCGACGAAUUGUUUGUGGAGUGUUCCACAAACGAGUCGUGGUCAAUACAUCAUACAAUCGGUCGACCACGGAUCAAGUCAUUCCAUAA